AUGGACAGUACACCAGGCUUUGCUGGAGAAGAGCUGUUGGAGCUGGGUCUUGGAGGAAAAGUAUUCUCCGUGGCGCCCCCGUUUGAGGUGAACGGUCUCCCACGAGCUGUGCCUCUGAACCUGCCCUACCAGGACUUCAAGAGAGAUCUCUCUGAUUACUGUGAGCGGGCACGGCUGCUCAACAGGGUCCGGAGGGUGGGCUUCUCGCACACAUUGCUCACUACCCCCCAGGUCCCUCUGGCUCCCUUUCAGCCUCAGGCCAAUGGGAAGGAGGAAGAGGAAGAGGAGGAGGAAGAGGAAGAAGAAGAGGAGGAAGAGGAGGAGGAAGAGGAGGAAGAAGAGGAGGAAGAGGAAGAGGAGGAAGAGGAGGAGGAGGCAGUGGCUCUGGAGGAGGUGCUGGGGCCUCGCAGUAGCUCUAGCAGUGAGGGGACCGAAAGAAGCACUGACCGGAGCCAGGAGGGUGCCCCAUCCACACUGCUGGCCGAUGAUCAGAAGGAGUCCAGGGGCCGGGCCUCCGUGGCCGACGGGGACCUAGAGCCUGAGGAGGGCUCCAAAACGCUGGUGCUUGUCUCCCCUGGUGACAUGAAGAAGUCACCUGUCACUGCCGACCUGGCCCCUGAGCCCGAUCUGGGCACUCUGGCUGCCCUCACUCCUCAGCACGAACGGCCCCAGCCCACUGGCAGCCAGCUGGAUGUGUCUGAGCCAGGCACCCUGUCCUCUGUCCUCAAGUCUGAGCCCAAGCCCCCUGGGCCCGGUAUAGGGCCAGGGGUUGGGACGGUGACCACAGGGGCAGUGGGAGUGGCCGUCACCUCCUCACCCUUCACCAAAGUUGAGAGGACCUUUGUACACAUUGCAGAGAAAACCCACCUUAACGUUAUGUCUUCCGGUGGGCAGGCCUUACCACCUGAGGAGCUCGGCACUCGGGUUGAGCUGGGCCUGGGGGUGCCCUCUGAUGGGGAUGCUGCACAGGAGGGGGCCCCGGUGCCCCUGGAGAAUGGCAUCACCCUGUCAGGACUGGAUGGGGCCGAGACAGAGAGCUGUGCCCUGUACGGCCCUCCCAGGGACAGUCCCUCAGAGGUGGCUGUGGACUCACUGCCCAAUGGCCCAGCCCUGGCUGAUAGGGCAGUCCCAGUAUCCCCGCUGGAGGCAGGCCCUGAGAAACUGGCCACGAUCUCUCCCAGCCGCCAGGCCCGGCCAGGCCCACGUCUGAGGAGCCGUAUCCCUGUCCUGCUGUCUGAGGAGGACACAGGCUCAGAGCCCUCGGGCUCACUGUCGGCCAAAGAGCGGUGGAGCAAGAGGGCACGGCCACAGCAGGACCUGGCCCGGCUAGUGAUGGAGAAGAGGCAAGGCCGGCUGCUGCUGCGCCUGGCAUCAGGGGCUUCGUCCUCCUCCAGUGAGGAGCAACGUCGUGCUUCUGAGACACUUUCCGGCACGGGCUCCGAGGAGGACACCCCUGCCUCUGAGCCUACAGUGCCCAGGAAGGCUGGUAGGGCGGCAGCCACCCGGAGCCGGAUUCCCCGUCCCAUCAGCAUUCGAAUGUCCACACCUGCCGCAGCCCAGCAGCCCCCCAGUAGACUCCAAGGCGCGUCCCCAGCAUCUGACACAGCCAUCACCAGCAGGCUCCAGCUGCAGAAGCCCCCGGGGUCGGCCAUUGCUGCUGACCUCCGACCCAAACAGCCCUCCGGCGGCGGCCCGCGUCCAGGCAGAGCACGAGUGGGAGCCAGGCCCCACGGCCCCGCCCCCGGCCCCGCCCCCGCGCCGCGCAGUCCUGGGCUCCCCGCAGCCCCGCGCAACCCCAGCGCUUCCCCACGGAGCCACUCCCUGACCCGCAAAGAGAGCCCCACCCCCUCGCACCAGGUCCGGCCCGCGGGCCCUCCACCCCGCGGAGCCCCACAGGCCCGGGCCCAGCCUGAUGGCACCCGCUCCCCGGGGGGCCCCAAGAAAGGACCCAGAGGGAAACUCCAGACUCAGAGUGCAGUAACCAAAGGCCGGGCGGGGGUCACGGAAGGCCGGGCCGGAGCCAGAUCAUGA